UGGAUUGUACAUGUCGAGGGAAAAAAACGGAAUUCAAAAAAAAAAAAAAAACCCUCCAAAAUGCUAAAAUGUCCAGCAGCUUCAUGUAGUUUUCGUCCAGUUUCAUCUAUCUCAAACCCAAGAAAUGUCGUCCCUCAUCUCUUAAAACCUAAUAUUGUUGAUCGACGUCAAUUGCUCAUUUCUCUCACAACAGUUUCAGUGACCCCUUUGCUUGAAUCUACAAACAUUCUCUCCACAUCCAAUGCCAAUGCCAGUCUAUUUCAAAUGCCCCCAUAUCGCCUUAUCAAUAGAUACUUUCUUGUUCGGGCAGGAGAAUCAGAAUUUGAGAGUUUGGGAGUAAUAAACACGAAUCCGGUUGCAAAGACAUCAAUGGACAGUGGAUUGUCAAUAGAAGGUAGAAGACAGACGGCCAGAGCAGCUUUAAAAUUGAAGGCAAUGGGGGCUUGUGAUCAAAGUUGUUGGAUUUGGCCUUCAAUCACUCAGAGAGCUUAUCAGGCUGCUGAGAUUAUCGCCUCCGUCAACGGAAUCAAUCGCAGCAGCCUCAUUGUCCCGGAGUACAGCUUCUUGGAUGCGCGUGGUUUAGGUGCUUUUGAAGGAAAAACAUUGGAUGCCGUUGCACAGGUAUAUGAAGCUGAUAAUAUAUCUCCAAACAUCAGACCACCUCCAAUCGAUGACGGAACUCCAAAUGAGAGUGUUUCAGACGUUUUUGUUCGUGUAACACAACUUAUGUCAAUUCUAGAAACCCAAUACUCCGGAGAUACUGUGGUUAUUGUCUCACCAGAUUCCGAUAACUUGACUGUACUGCAAGCUGGUUUACUAGGAUUGGAUCUUCGCAAGCACAAUGAUUUAUUCUUCAGUCCUGGUGAGGUCAGAGAAGUCAACCCAGAUGAAAUACCUGCAUACAAGGAACCAGCUUCUGGUGCAUUCAAAUGUUCCAAUCCACCAAGCUGUAUCUAAGAAAAUUCUUCCUUUACUCAACAUUUACUUCACAAGAAUGUAAAUAGAAUAAAGAAUCAUACAGACAAAAUAUUUGUUCUGACAAUCAGAAUUAAGAGCUUUAGAAUCUGCAGUGUCGAGUGUUUCAGCUUAUUAUCUAAUAUAAAAUGGUUGUCAUCUGUAACAUUAAUGUCAUGGCUAACAGUGCUAUCAACUAUGUACUAAGACUAAUGCAGAAAAAGUUGCUGUAUCUGGGAAUAAAAGAAUGCAGAAGCUAUAUAUGAGACAUUCUCGAAGAGCAGUAGGGAGACUUUCGAGCAGCUCCAGCAGAGAAUUCCUGAAAGAACAGUUGAGCAUGCUGUUCGCGGAAUGCUUCCGAAAGGAAGAGUAAGUUGAUUUUCCUUUUCAUUUGAUACAUAUCUUGGCAACAGUUUCUUGCUUAGGCAACUGGUGGGUACUGCUACAAUAUCAUUGGAAUGCAUUGCUAGAUCCUGUAACAAUACCUUACAAUAUAGGCUGUCGAUAUGGGAUUGGAAGUUAAUCAGUAUUUAGAUAAUGUAAGAAUAGUUUACAUUAUCAGCAUCCUGUUUAUUUACUUUGGUACCGACAUACUUCAUUGGAAAAUAACUUAAUCCUAAAGCAAUUGGGUGUCUAUCUCCAGAUAAUCAGAAAUUAAAUUUA